AUGUCAGGACAGCGAGACCAGGCUGCCCCCGAGGCGGUGAAGAAGGUUGGAACUGUGCAAAAGCCGAGGGUCAGGCAGCGUGCGCUGGGCGGAGGGCGGCGCUGCGCGGUGCAAGGGACGCCCCUGCUCCUGGGCUGCUACCUGGCUUACCUGGCCUUGGGCACGAGCGUGUUCCAGGCUCUGGAGAGAAGCGCCGCACUGGACCCCGAGGACAGCCUCCAGCGAGAAAAGUGGGCGCCCCUGCGCAACUACACGUGUCUGGACACCCCGGCGCUGGACUCGCUGAUCCGGAACGUUAUCUGGGAAUACAGGAGAGGAGUCAUCUUCCCCAGCAACACUACCAGCAUGGGCCGAUGGGAAGUAACAGGUUCCUUCUUCUUCUCUGUUUCCACCAUCACAACCAUCGGCUAUGGGAACCUGAGCCCCCGAACAAUGGGUGCCCGUCUCUUCUGCAUCUUCUUCGCCUUCCUCGGAAUCCCUCUCAAUCUUGUGCUACUCAACAGGCUGGGACGCCUCAUGCUCUCCUGGGUUCAGCGUUGGGCCCAAUGGCUGGGUGGGGCCCAGAAGAACCAGGCCAGAGCCCGGUGGUUCGUUGGUUCCUGUGCCUUCCUCUCUGGCCUCCUACUCUUUUUCCUGUUACCUCCGCUUCUCUUCUCCUACAUGGAAGGCUGGAGCUACGAGGAAGGAUUCUACUAUUCCUUCAUCACCCUCAGCACUGUGGGUUUUGGUGACUAUGUGAUAGGAAUGAAUCCGGAUCGGAGGUACCCAGUAUGGUACAGGAAUGUCGUGUCCAUGUGGAUCCUUUUCGGGAUGGCUUGGCUGGCCCUGAUCAUCAAUUUGGUCAUCUCUCUGAUGGAGAGUUCAACAGUCCUGUGCACAUGCAGCCAAAUGGACCCAUGCAGGACCUGGGGAUCCGAUGGAGACACUAAGCCCCACAGGCCAAAAUCAACACCUGGGAACCGUGGUGGGAAGUCCACCCGUAGCUGAUAAUGGAUGGAACAA